AUUGGGCCAAUGUGAUUCUGAUUGAGCGGUGUGAAGAGUGUAGACGCCCCCAUGAUCAGCAUGCAAGUAUUAUGCUGUCUGUCCCACACUUUUCAGUGGCAAACGCCCUUUGGCACGCAUCCGUGCUUGAGCCGUGAUCAGGGGCAGACAUUGGGGACGUUGAGCGUCUGGCUCUGAAGGAGCGACGUUUGUUCAUCAACAAUGCGCCGGUGACACGAUACAGAGAUCAUUGCAAGCUUGAGAAGUGGUUCAGGCAUUCAUAGAGACUGGCCGUCUAGAGAAACCUACGGAACGCUUUGAGCCAUUCAGCGUUGCGUCAUGCAGCACUUCUCCUGUACAGAUCUCCUGCCUUCGUCUAGUAGCAUCAGCAGAUAGCGCGCUCAUUGAGACCUGGUAGCGGUUCGUCAAUCGGUCUUUAUUGGAGGAGAGUGGUUGAUGCCUGUCAACCAGGUUCAGGCAAAGCAGGCUCAUGCGGGGACUGUUGGCAACAUGAGGGCAAUCCUGGGUGUAAUCUAGAUAGAGGCGCAAAAUGUCUACAUCGCUUUUCCAGCCAAGAUCAGGGCUGAAGCAUAGAACGAGUGCGACUCUCGCCGCAUUUCUGUGCGUCACGCUUGCCUGCAUCGGGCUGUUUCAAUACAGAGUGUACAUAGACGGCGGUGACUGGGGGUUUAGUGUCUGUCCGACCCCUUCGGAAACAGCCAGAACGCUGUCUGAUUGUGGAACCUCAGUUCCACAACCUGAUCCGACUGCGCAAAUAGCAAACUUUUUGGAAAGAGUCUGGCCAUCUUACUGCAACUCGAGCUACCCACCCUACGUUCAUUUGAGAACCGAGACCCCCACCCUUGACUUCCAGUGGCUAGCGCUUCAUUCCUCCGCAACACAAAUCACCCUGAGAGGCCCCAAAGGCAAUACGAUCCCCCUUCAGGAGCUUGGAACUCUUCCGCUUGUCGAUCAGAAGAUAUACGUACUUCCCCCGACAAGAGACGUUGGCGAACAUCAGCUCUUCAUAGGCGAUGGCGAUUCCCCCAUCUCUACUUUUCAGCUCUACCCCCAUCAGUGCUCGUGCCCCGAGAGCCUCCCGCAAUUCUCAGAACGCUACAAGUGUUCUGAAAGGGCAAUACAGGUGGUUAAGAAGUCGAUCGCACGCUGUCCAAAGAAGUCGAUCACGCGGGAGCUGUUUCAGCAGGUUCCGUUCUACGGAAACAACAUCACGAUCCACUUUGCAAUCGUCGCGAACAAGCUGUACUGCAAGAAGGUCCACUUUCAAAAGUGCCCCCCGCCAAGGGACGAUGGCAGAGCAAGCGACAUCGUCCUGCAUAUUCAGCGUGUUCUACGGAGGGUUAAGGUUCCUGACAUGUGGUUUACCUGGAACUUGGACGACGGGCCACUCCUGCCUCCUUACGCAGUGCACCCCUUAUUCUCUCCGGCAGGCACAGCCUUCAACCGAGACUUUCUCCUACCGGACCCGUACAUGUCUGCGUGGAAAAGUUCCGGGGAAGAUCUCAAGUCGGCGAUCGCGGGGGCUGCAUGGGAGGAGCGGAAAGCGAAAGCGUAUUUCAUAGGGCGGCCAACGGGGGGCCCGUACCAUUACCUGUUACAUGCAACCGGCGCACAUAGGCUACACCCGCGACUGCACGCAGUAGAAUUGUCACGCGAAAGACCCGAUCUACUAGACGCCAUGGUGACGGCGGACAAGGACUCCGGGACUGACGUCAGCAGCUUCCCGGUGCUGGAAAAACUGGUCAAGAGCGGGCUGCUCGAGACCCGCUUCCAAGAAUCGCGGCAAAACGAAUUCAAGUACAACCUCGAUCUGCCGGGAAACUCGGCGGCGUGGCGGUUAUCGUUUAACCUUGGGUUUGGGGCGGUGACCAUCAAAAGCCGGACGCCGUACUACACGUAUUGGCAGUACCUCUUAGAAGACGGGCGCAACGUCCGGAUGACGGAAGACAUGCUGGCAGACUUGUUCGACGUGGUAGAGGAUGCGAAGCGGCGAGACGCAGACAUGAAGUGCAUAGCGCGGGAAGCCCAGCUGACGGCCAUGCUAGAUUUAAAGCAAGAGGAUUUGCUGUGUUGGACCGCUCAUAGUUUGAUAGAAGCGUCGUCGAUAAUGGCGUUCACGCCGACAAUGGAGGACGAUUUGACACUGGUCGAAGACCUCGGGCUGCAAGACCCGUCGACCUGCCAAUGUAUUUGAUAUGCAUAGAUCUGUGACAGGCAACCAGUCUCGUUAUGAGUGCGCGCUGCAACGAACUAGACUUGGACGUCACUAAGUACAAUGAUUCGUAGAAGGGUCUGUUAAAGGUGUUCUAGGCUAGAAACUUUGCGUCAUCAGCAGGUGUAGGUAUUAUCAACGUUGAUCGCCCUCGAAUAGUAGCAUGGCGGAUCAAUCAAGCUGAGUAUAGACGACAGUUGCAAAUAACACUGAUUGGCUGAGCCCUCUUCAAUUACAUUACUCACAGGAAG